GUCGCGUCAUCGUUCUCAGGGUCAACAGGGACGGCCCCGACCCAAACCCUCCUCCUUGCUUUCGCGGAAAAACCCUAAGAAUCAUUCUCCGUUUCUCAUUCUUUGAUAGGAAACCCCACAAGGUCAACGAACCAAUCAAGGUACCAAUCUAUUUGUGUAAUUGAAAUACAAAUUAAAUUGGAGAAUACCCACGGUCUGCUAAACUCCGUCGAUAUAUUAAGGAGGUCAAUUCAAGAGACACUGCAUUGGCGUUGAACCAGACGUUGCCUGAGAGACAUGUCAUCCGAGAUCGAGGUCGUUGAAGAGGUCCAAUCGCGGAAUCAGCCGCUGGCGGCUCCCGGCACUGCGUCCAGCGCUUAUGAAGUGGGGGAGGAGGGCUUGCGGAACGACGUCUACACCGCUGCGGCUUAUGGGGAUUUGGAGAAGCUACAUAGAUUGGUAGACCAGGAGGGUUGCUCCGUCUCCGAGCCUGAUGGUCUCGGAUACUACGCUCUGCAGUGGGCCGCACUUAACAAUCGUGCUGCCGCUGCUCAAUACAUUAUUGAGCAUGGAGCAGAUAUAAAUGCAACAGAUCAUACUGGCCAGACGGCAUUACAUUGGAGUGCAAUUGGGGGUGCCAUCCAGGUUGCAGAGCUUUUGCUUCAAGAAGGUGCAAGAGUCACUGCUACUGAUAUGUAUGGGUUUCAGGCAACGCAUGCUGCAGCUCAGUUUGGUCAGACAGCUUUCCUCUACUACAUUGUUUCAAAAUGGAAUGCUGACCCUGAUAUUCCUGAUAAUGAUGGAAGAAGCCCCUUGCAUUGGGCUGCAUACAAAGGCUUUGCUGAUUGCAUUCGUCUUUUGAUAUUCCUAGAUGCAUACAGGGGGCGUCAGGACAAGGAGGGUUGCACCCCUCUCCACUGGGCUGCUAUCAAGGGUAAUUUGGAGGCAUGUACUGUGCUAGUACAGGCUGGAAAGAAAGAGGACCUGAUGGUUACUGAUAAUACUGGCCUCACACCUGCACAGCUUGCUUCUAAUAAGAAUCAUAGACAAGUUGCUUUCUUCCUGGGUAAUGCCAGAAGGUUGCUUGAUAGACGUUGUGAUGGGAAUAGCCGCUUUGGAAAAGUCUCCAAAAUAGGACUUGCUCCUGUACUUUGGUGUAUAAUUUUAGUGCUCCUGCUCACUUAUGUUCACUCGGUCAUCUUGGCAACAAAUCUGCCAAAACUAACGGCUGCCUCUGGUCUUCUUGCAUGGUUUGGAGUUUUCGUUGCAAGUGCUGGAUUGUUUAUGUUUUACAAGUGUAGCAGUAAAGAUCCAGGUUUCAUCAGAAUGAACUUGCAUGACUCUGAGAAUAGUAAAGAUGAUGAAGCUCUCUUAAAGAUUGAGAUAAAUCAUCCUGCAUUGCUGGCUGGCAAUUGGUCCCAGCUUUGUGCAACAUGCAAGAUUGUCAGGCCCCUUCGUGCAAAACACUGUUCUACCUGUAAUCGUUGUGUGGAGCAAUUUGAUCAUCAUUGUCCUUGGGUAUCCAAUUGCAUCGGCAAGAGGAACAAAUGGGAAUUCUUCAUUUUUCUUGUUCUUGAAGUUUCGGCAAUGUUGAUCACUGGUGGGGUUACUCUUACGAGAAUAUUAACUGAUCCACUUGCUCCUUCAUCAUUUGGAGCACGGAUUCAAUACGCAUUUACACAUCUAGUGGGGGCUACAUCAUUUCUAGUCGUUGAUUUUUUCCUCUUCUUUAGUGUGUUCGUUUUGACAGUUCUUCAAGCUAAUCAGAUAUCACGUAAUAUUACAACAAAUGAACUUGCAAAUGCAAUGCGAUAUAGCUACCUUAGAGGUGCGGGUGGUAGAUUCAGAAAUCCCUAUGAUCAUGGGAUCAAGAAGAAUUGUACAGAUUUCUUGAUCAACGGAUACAGUGAAGAUGUCCAGUUGAUUGAAGAAUUUGACAACUCUGAGGGUAUAGGAAUGAUGAACAUGUCAAGGAGCUCAAACCUAGCCAACGGAGACUCGCACUCUCAUACUGCGAAGGGCAACGGCCAUUUUGUCAUUGAUGUCGGUUCCCGCAGCACCAGCUCUAAUACGCGCCAUGCUCGCGCUCAUCAUGGUCACAGCAAUGGUCAUACUCAUUCCACUCAUUGUUCCCACCAUAAUGCCCACGGCAAAACAAAAACUGAGAGUAUUCCUUUGGGCUUAGGUCUUGGUCUUGGUCGGAACACCAGAUCUGGUGCUUCCUCAUCAUGAUAAUUACUCGCCUGGUUGUACUAAAGUGUAUUGUACCAUAGGGAUACAACUAGGUUAGUCUUUUUGUCAAUUCAAUUUAUUGUGGCUCUAAUCCAUCUCCCGGUGUGCAAUUGUGGCGC